CAGACAACCCAACCGCUCAAGCGCGCGCUCUGAACCUUCCUCAAAACGAAACCUUCUCCUCCCCUCCGCUUCCUCUCCACAGAUUCCCACGGCGCAAAAUUGACCUCGACAAAGUCUUCCAGAUCUCUUUUGAUUUCGCAAACCCUAAUCGCCAAUCUCUCUCUAGUCCCGCCUCGCUUCUUCCACCCCUUCGUCUCUUAGAAUCGUCUACUUCGAUUAGGGUUUUACAGCUGCGAGUGAUUAGUGAUCGAUGUGAUGGAGGGUGGAUCGAAUUCCCCGCCGCCAUUCCUCACGAAGACGUAUGAGAUGGUGGAUGAUUCCACAACCGAUUCGGUUGUCUCGUGGAGUAACGCAGGUGAUAGCUUUAUUGUGUGGAACACGACGGUCUUUUCGAGGGAUCUGUUACCCAAGUACUUCAAGCAUAAUAAUUUCUCCAGUUUUGUCCGGCAGCUUAAUACAUAUGGUUUUAGAAAAAUAGAUCCAGAGCAGUGGGAAUUCGCCAAUGAGGAGUUCACCAGGGGGCAGAAACAUCUGCUGAGUAAUAUUCAUCGGCGGAAGCCGGUACACAGCCAUUCCCUUCAGGCGCAGGUCGGUGCUUCGCCAUCAUUAUCUGAAGCAGAAAGAUACGAGCUUGAAGGAAAGAUUGAGAGGCUCAGGCGUGACAAAAGCAGCCUUGUUCUGGAGCUCAAUAAGCACAUAGAGCAGCAGAAUGGAGUGGAGCGAAAAAUGCUUUCUUUGGAGGAAAAAAUGCAGUUUUUAUUGGAUCGCCAAAGGGAUAUCAUGGAAUUCUUGUCUAAUAUUGUCCAAAUUCCUGGCUUUCUCUCAAAUAUCGUUCAGCAGCCUGAAUUCCAUUCGAAGAAGAGAAGGCUGCUGAUUCAAGAUUCCAUUCAAGACGACCCCGAAAAAAACCAAAUUUACGAUAUUCAACCCACCACCACGCAGAAAUCCGAAACUUCAUCCGCACAGGCGUUCGAUCUCGUACCGUUCGAGAAGAUGGAAUCCACAUUGAACACUUUAGAGAGUUUUUUGCGCAGUGUAACCCUGGCUUCUACAGGAGAAGUGCAUUACGAUUGUAGCACUGUUCUUCCUUAUGCUGUAUUACCUACUGAUUCUGCAAGGGAGAAUGUUGUGAACUCGCCAUCAAGUUCGCCUAAAAUGCAUCCUUCGUCUCCCUGUGUUGGAGAUUUUCGCUCUUCUCUAGACCUUACGGACUCCACGAGUUAUGCGGAAAACAGCGGCGUUUCUUUGUCGGAGGUUCCGAGGACUCUGAGGGUUAAUAUUUCGGAUAUAGAUGUAAAUUCUGCGCCCGCUGCUCCUGAUCCACGUUUAUCAAGAGAUUCAACUAAUGGGGCUGGAACCUCUGUUCCUACUGGAGGAAAUGAUGUAUUUUGGCAGCAAUUUUUCACGGAGACUCCGGGGUCUGACAUGCAAGAAGUUCAGUCUGAGAGAAAGGAAUUAGGUGAAAGAAGAACUGAAGUGAGCAAAGUUGAAUGGGGAAACCAUUGGUGGAAUAGGAAGAAUGUUGAUCACCUUGCUGAGAAGAUUGGGCAGCUUACUCCAGCUGAGAGUGUGUAAUGUCUGAACUAUCAAGCUCCUCAACAUUCUGUGCAGUUUUUGCUGAAGCUUUUCACAAAGAUGAGUCUAUGUUAUUUGGCUGACUGCUGCUCUUCCACAAUACUUAACAGCUCUUCCAUGAGCAUGGUUUUCCUCAUGUAAAUCACCAUGAGAAGGGGCAAAUUGUAAACGAAAGAAAAAGGAAAAUUACAUGCAUACCACUCAAUUCCU